AAGAAAUUAAAGCACUUAUGAGCAGACUUAACCUUAUGGAUUGGCAACAGAAAUGUUUGAAAAGUACCGACUGCCUUGAAAUUACUAAAUCCUCACUAAACUACAACAAUCCUGAGAUUAAUGUGGCCCAAGUCUUUCUAAAGCGGCUACUAACAAUGAAUUACAAUGCGAGAUACUGCAUUAGAAAGGAAACCAAAAAACUCUCAGGAAAUACUGAAAAGACAGAAAUUGAGCUCCACCCCAUGGAUGUCCAGAUGGCGGUGUUCUACAGCUCUGAUCAUUUCCUAAAGCAGCUCAUAGCAACUAAACUAGCUCAGUGUCAGUAUGCUCUGCCUCUGCUGGUGCCCAAUCCCCUCACCAGAGAGAUCGAGUUUCCUCUCUGGACCUUUCGCAAAGUCAAGAAGAGCUGGAGGACUAAAACUUCCAUUACUGAGGACAAAAUGAUUGUUGAGACAGAAGCUCCAAUGGUGGCAUUUUUUAGGUUUGGUUCUGUAUCUUCAUCUAAGUCUCAGCUGAUUAACAGCUUGAUCAAUGAAAAGCAUCACAUAUUCUUCCACAGAAACUGUCCAGGCAGCAGCACAAACCAGUUACUGAUGGAUGGACUGGUGGAGAUUGCUUGGUACUGCCCUUCUGGGAAGGAAACUGAUCAUUUCCCUGACUGUGUGGCGUUCUGUAAUCUUCAUGGUGAAGCUGGAGCUCAUGUGACACAGCAUGAUAUUUUAACAAUGAUGUCCUCUCUGAAUGUUGUCUUUAUACCUGAUUUUGGUCAGAAAAAUCACUACAAGGGAUUAGUGAAACGGCUCUUUAGCUCCCCAAAGCCUCUGAUUUGUGUUCUGACAGAUGAUGAUUCUGCUGUAACAGAGCUGGUAAAGGGGAAGUUCAGUGUUGGAGUAAAGGACAGAAAUCAGCAUGAUGUAUGUGAAGAACUGAAAGGAACUAUCAGACUUUGUCUGUCAGAACAGUUAAACACCUUUAAACUAGAAGAUCUGGCCAAGGAUACACAGGUCAGAGUUAAUGAAGAUCAUGGACUCUGUAAUAAAGGAAAGGAAGCUGCCUUGGAGAUAAUGUCUCUGCUGAAGAAUAAUGACCAGUCCUUACACAAAGAAACAAGUCUACCAUGUCAGGGGAAACUGUGGCAUGACUGGUGUAAGAGCAACAAAGAACUACACCGACCUCAUGGACACAACAUAGACAAGUACACAAGUGAAAAAAACAAGGAAAUGGAUAAAAUCCGGGAACAGCAGCAAAAACAUGGUCUUAGCAAAUUCAUGAACUGCUUUAUCCAAGGACUGAAUUCUGAGGAUGCUGAUGAGAAACUGUAUUUCCUGAAAUGGGUUGAAGUCCUUCUGAACAAUUUCACUGUAAAACGUCUCUCCACCUUACAUCAGGAGUAUGAUGAAACCUGGUCAAAAAUGUCGGAAGUAAAGAAAUCUCAUGAUAUAGCAGAUCAACAGGAAACUAAAAAAAAGCUUGAGGAACUGUCAGAGCAGCUGAAGUCUGCUUCUUUUGGUUUAGAACAUAUACUCAGGGAGAUGGGACAGAUAUAUGAGUCAUAUCAGUCUAUAAAAAUAAAAAAAAAAACAGAAAUGAAGCAGAGAGAAAACAUUGCUCUAUUUCCUGCCCUUGCAGCUGAACUCAUCCUUUCAGGAUAUCCACUGGAGCUGAUGGAUGGAGAUGCUUCUCAUGUUCCUCUGAUCUGGGUUUCAGCAGUUCUAGAUGAACUUGUGAAGGUCCUGGGGGAUCAGAGAGUGUUUGUGCUGUCAGUUUUGGGGAUUCAGAGCUCUGGGAAAUCCACCAUGCUGAAUGCCAUGUUUGGACUCCAGUUUGCUGUCAGUGCUGGAAGGUGCACCAGAGGAGCCUUCAUGCAGCUGGUCAGAGUGUCAGAGGAGAUGAAGAAAGAGCUGAAGUUUGACUACAUUCUAGUUGUAGAUACUGAAGGACUUCGAGCACUUGAGCUGGCAGGAACAUCAACUCAACAUCAUGACAAUGAACUCGCAACAUUCAUUGUUGGUCUUGGAAACCUGACCUUGAUCAAUAUCUUUGGUGAGAACCCUGCUGAGAUGCAGGACAUCCUUCAGAUUGUUGUUCAGGCCUUCCUGAGGAUGAAGAAGGUCCAACUCAAUCCCAGCUGUUUGUUUGUCCACCAGAAUCUUCCAGAUGUUACAGCCGGACAGAAAAACAUGGAGGGACAGAGAAGAUUACAAGAUAAUCUGGAUAGAAUGACCAAGCUGGCUGGUGAGGAGGAAUCCUAUGAAGCAGAACAUUUUAGUGACGUCAUAGCAUUUGACAUAAAAAAAGAUGUGAGAUACUUUGCACAGCUGUGGGAGGGAAGCCCACCCAUGGCUCCUCAAAACCCAUUAUACACUGAACAUGUGGAAGAGCUGAAGAAGACAAUACUGUCCAGAGCCACAGAAAGUCCUACUGUAACACUGACACAGUUUAAAUCACGGAUUAAAGAUCUCUGGCAUGCACUUCUAUGUGAAACCUUUUUGUUCAGUUUCAGAAACACACUGGAGAUCGCAGAAUACAGAAAACUGGAGGAGAAAUAUGGGACAUGGACCUGGGAUCUCAGGAAAUCUAUACUAGAUAUACAAGACAAACUACACACCAGCAUCAACAACAAACAACAGAGCAAAGUUAAGAGAAAGGAAAUUAUAGAUGAAAUGAGAGAAACAUUUAAUAAUGUGACAGAAUCAGUGCAAUGUUACUUUGAGGAAAAUGAAGACAGGAGAGACCUUAUUCAGCAAUGGAGAGGAAAGUUUAUGAUAAAGCUUCAAAAUCUGCAUGAUGAUCUUGUGACACAAACAGUGAGAGAGCUGCAUGAGAUCAUUUACCAAAAGCAAACCUGCAAAAACCUGGAUGAUCAGAAAUCUCAGUAUGAGGCAGAACUUUUUAAAAAGAGCAAAGAGCUGGCCUUGGAUCUGAAAAGGGAGGAAAAGCAGUUAAAAGAACAUUUUGAUGUAUUGUGGAAAAACUGGGUCUCUGAACUGACUGCAAACCUGACUAGAACACAAAUGAAUGUAGCAGAGGACAUAACACAAAUAUUGUGUGAACUCUAUGAAGGAAGACUUCUGUCUGAGAGGAAAUCUGAAACGUAUAAGAAAAUAAGCACGCGAGGUGAUUAUAAGAACUAUAUAACACAUAAAAAAAAGUGGAAAGUUACAGGUUGGCUUUUACAGUUACCACCUGAGAGCCAAGACUCUAUAAGGCAACUGAUCAUUAAAGUCAUUGAGCAAACUAAAGACCUGAUUAAAUCAAAACCAGUUGCAAAGACGGGCUACAAACCAGCCUACAUUCAAGAGAUUGUUCGACUGGUAAAAGAAGCUGUGGCUGAAUAUCAGUCUCCAGAUUAUGAGUUGAACAAAAAGUUCUCACUGGAUCUCUCUCUGAAUGUGUGUGACAUUGCGAAAGCAGAGUUUGAAAAGCAACAGAAGAAAUUUGAAGAGAGUUUUAAUCCAUUAAUCUAUCUUGAGAAAAUGAAGCCAGAAUACUACAGAGUUUUUCAGAAAUCCUGUGAAGGCGCCACAUCUACUGCAGUGUUUGGAGGAUUAAUCUGCAGACAGCUUGGAGACUCUAUCCUACAGAGUGUGUACAACAGUGCUGAAAAUUAUCUGGCUGAUGAAAUGAAGGCAAACUGUCCAGAAUUUAAUGGAAACAGGACAAACCUGGAGAAACACAUUCUCAGAUCACUUGCUGAAGAGCAGAACUUUAAAAGAUUUAUGAGCUACAUCUUGACACCUAAGGAACAUUUUAAGAGCUUUAUUAAAGAUGUUGUAAAAGUUUUCAUGACUAAAGAAAACUUUUACAAGAGCUUUAUUAAAGAUGUUGUAAAAGUUUUCAUGACUAAAGAAAACCCCAGAGUUCUUGCUCACAUUAAAGGAAUUCUUCAACACAAACAGAAGUGUGUAAUCACUGCAGCAGAAACUGCAACUCAGGAAGUGACAGAGAGCAAAGGAGAUGCAAAUAUCUGGCUGGAAAAAUUCUCCAGUGGUCUGAAAGUUGAUGUUGAAUACAAUACGGAGCAUCUGAGUGGAAGUAACUGUAAAGACAUCAGUGAUUUUCAGCUGCUUACAGAUGUAGUGAGAAAAGAAAUCUCCCUCAUUACUGAAGAGCUGAACAGGAAGUUUAACAGCAUGUCUGAUCUUAAAAUGGAGAAGUUCAGGAAGAGUCCAGAUAAGAUUCUGACUGAAUACUUCUGUAAAUGCUGCUGGGCUCAGUGUCCAUUCUGUAAAGCCAUCUGUACCAACACAAUAGAGGGACAUGAUGGAGAUCACAGCGUCCCCUUCCACAGGGUACAUGGUAUCAAUGGGUGUCAUAUCAGAGGAACAACAAAUCUCUCCACUGAUUUCUGCACAACAAAUGUACAAAGUAAUAAAGGUUUCUGCCCAAGUCAUAAGGAUGAAGUGUGUAUUCCUUACAAAUCAUACAGAGACGCAGGAGGAGACUAUGCGACCUGGAGCAUAAACCCAGACCUGUCUGAGCUGCCAUACUGGAGGUGGUUUGUGUGUACAUUCCAGAAGGAUUUGGAAAACCAUUAUAAAAAAACAUUCCAGGGAAGUGGAGAAAUCCCUGAAGGAUGGAAAGAGUGCACAAAGGAAGAUGCUCUUAAGUGUUUGGAUAAAUACAUGUAAUUAAACAUGAUCUAAUUCUGUAGGUCAUCUAGAAAGAACAAAACUCAGUAAUGAACACUGGGUGGUUGACGUGACAUGUGAUUUUAAUGUAACAGUGUAAAUACUCACUAAAAUGUGUUUUUUCUUACAAAAAUCAUAUGUAAAUGAAGCAAAUUACUGUAUUUUAUGUUGUAGUUUUACUUUUGGAUGAAAAUAUAUUUUUUGUUCCAGUAUAUUUAAAGGCUUUUAUGCCAAAUGU